UGGUGUAAUAUUAAGUUGAUAUUCCACCUUCCCUUUGAUGUUGAAAUUGCUCAUCACUUCAACCAUCUUUGUGUGCACCUAUUUUUUUGCUAUAUACUUCCUUAUGAAUGUUUGAUACAUAUUUAUUCACAUUCUUUAAUCUUUUUAUUACCAAAAAUAUAUAUGGCUUCAUCAAACUUUGCCUAUUUCAGCCUAUUUCUUUUUCUAUCAUCAAUCUUGUUUGCUUUUCAAGUGAGUUCAACAUCUAGGCAUGUCGUGAUCAACAACCAUAGUAAGAAGGGGUUCAAGGUGAGUUUAAAACAUGUUGAUUCAGGUGGGAAUUUCACAAAAUCCGAGCGUUUACAACGCGCGAUGGCACGAGGGAGAUCAAGGCUUCAAAGGUUAAGCCUAGUGGCUAAUAGUUUUGCAAGUUUGUCAUCAAAAGAUGAUGACUCAAAUAAUAAUGUGAAGUCAACAAUUCAUGCUGGAAAUGGUGAGUUUCUCAUGCAAAUAUCAAUCGGAAGUCCAAGUGAGUCUUAUAAUGCAAUAAUGGAUACUGGUAGUGAUUUAGUUUGGACUCAAUGUAAGCCUUGUAAAGAGUGUUUUGAUCAAUCUACACCAAUUUUUGAUCCAUCAAAAUCAUCCACUUUUGAAAAGAUUUCAUGUUCUAAUAAACUUUGUGAAGCAUUGCCAAUGUCAUCUUGUGGGGAUAGUAAUUGUGAGUAUAUGUACACAUAUGGUGAUUAUUCAUCAAGUGAAGGUUUUUUGGCUAGUGAAACAUUCACUUUUGGUGAAGUUUCAAUCCCAAAUGUUGCAUUUGGAUGUGGAAAUGACAAUGAAGGUAGUGGAUUCAGUCAAGGUGCGGGCCUAGUAGGCCUAGGGCGAGGCCCACUGUCACUCGUCAGUCAACUACACAUGUCCAGAUUCUCGUACUGUCUGACCUCGAUUAACGAGGAUGCAGACAGCACUAGUAGCACACUUCUCAUGGGAUCAAUAGCACAUGAUGAUUAUAACAAUAUCAUCACAACCCCAUUAGUGAAAAAUCCAACACAACCAUCUUUUUACUAUCUUUCUUUACAAGGAAUAUCAGUUGGAGAUACUCAAUUACCCAUCAACAAAUCCACAUUUUCACUCAACAAAGAUGGCACUGGAGGAAUGAUCAUUGACUCUGGGACAACCAUAACAUACUUAGAAGAAAGUGCAUUUAGUCUUCUCAAGAAAGUCUUUUCUUCAAAGGUAAACCUACCAGUGGAUGAUUCAAGCUCAACAGGACUAGACCUUUGCUUCAAAUUGCCAUCAAACACAAACCAUAUAGAAAUUCCAAAGUUGAUAUUCCAUUUUGAAGGUGCAGACAUGGAUUUGCCUGCUGACAAUUACAUGAUUGCUGAUUCAAGUAUGGGAAUUGCAUGUUUAGCCAUGGGAAGUUCAAGGGGUAUGUCAAUAUUUGGAAAUGUUCAACAACAAAAUAUGAUGGUGAUUCAUGAUCUUGAUGAAGAAACUUUAUCAUUUGCACCAACACAAUGUGAUAAACUUUAGAUGGAUCAUUAUACUUCUGAUCAAAUUAAAGUUCAAGAUAUAUAUAGAUCGCGUGUGCUUUCAGAGGCGGAGUUAGAAGUCCAGAUACAGUUUCAGUAUACCUAGCUUCUGUUCAAAUCGUGUAUUUGUGUUACGAAUCGUAAGCAUUUGAAUGUAUACAAAUCAUAGCCAAUUUGUCAUUUGUACCAACACAAUGUGAUAAACCGUAGAUAUGGAUUGCGCAUGCAUUCAGAGGCGGAGUUAGAAUUCCAGAUACAGUCUCAACCGAACUCAGUAUAGCUUUUGUUAAAACCCUAUAUUUGUGUUAAGAAUCAUAAGCAUAUUUUGAAUGUAUACAACUUAUUGCCAAUUUAUAUCAUGAUUUGUUUGUGGCUUAAA